ACUACAUCAUCAAUGACAAUGAAUCAAUUGAUCAUAAUAAUAAUAAUAAAACAAAUUGUUAUUUGUUGAUAAACCGGCUCAAUUUGUUUACAAAAUAAAAGACAAUAAUAAUUAGUAAAAAUGAGUAAAAAAAUAUCUAAAAAAUGUGAUGUUACUGAAGAUUUCGAUUGGGCUGAUGUACUUGGUUGUGCUCCAUCAGAUUGUUCAAAUCAAGUUAAAAAAAUUUUACAUCGUGGAAUUCAUGGUAUAUUAUGGGAUGAUAUUGCUCAAUCAAUGGCACCAGUUAACAUUGUUGAAGAAGGAAAAAAAAAUAUAAUAUUAGAUCAACUUAAAAAUAAUGUACAACAACCAACAAUACAACAUAUUCGUAAUACAAAACGUUUGACAGAUGAACGUUUAAUAAUUGAAAAUGAAAUAAAUAAAAUAUUGCCAAAAUAUGAAACGAAAAAAGAAUCAAUUAAACAAAAAAUGUUAAAAUUAGCUCAAAUAAAAUCAUCAAAAAAAUCAAUUGAGUUAAAAAAAAAAUUGUUAGAUUUAAAAUAUCGUGAUAUGAAAAAUCAAAUGAAUGAUUGUAAAGAAAUGCGAUCAGUAUGUCAAGAUUUAUUACCAUCAUGUCAAUCUGAUAUUGAUGUUAUGACAAUAAAUAAUUGUCUUUCAUAUGUUGGUACAAUAUCAUCACGUACAGAUAAAAAAGAAGCAUGGAAAUAUAUAAAUCAAAAUAUAAAUAAUAUUAAAAUAACAGAAUUAUGGGAUUUAAUAUUAAAAAAAAGAAAUCAAGAUAGUGAAGAAUUUUUUCGUCAUAGUUCAGAUGAUAAUAUUAUUGAUAAUAAUGAUAAUACAAAGUUAAAUGAUCAACGUCUUGAUGUUGGUAUUGCUAAAGCAUAUAGUCAACAUAUUAAUUGGACACUUGGUAAAUAUAUUGCUAUGGAAAAAUUACGUGAACAUAAAGAUAAAGGAAUGUAUUUUGUUGAAAAAAUACUUGAUAAUGAUAAAAUACAAGAAUUAAGUGAUUGGCUACUUGUUAAUAUUGAAAUAUCACAAUUAGAAGCUAAAAAAAUUAUUAUUAUUAAUGAAAUUGAUAAACUUAAAAAUUGUGAUGAAGAAUUAUAUACUGUUGCUGGUCAACUACAACAAUUAGAAACUGAUAUACUUGAUAUAAAUAUUGACUUAAAUAAUACAGUACAAAAAUUACAAAAAUCAUUGACAUUAUAUGAGCCAGCAAUACAAUUUUUAACAACAUUAAAAGAAAAAUUAUCAAUUGCAUUGGAUAAAAUAUUGAGUCUUCAUGAAGAACAUAUUAUUGUUCCAGAAUGGACAAAUAUUAAUUUGAGUAUUGAGCUUGAAAUAUUUCAAGAAAAAUUAGCAAUAAAAGCACUUGAUAAAAUUAUGCUAAGUGGUGAUAUUGGUGAAUACAGACAUUCAUCAACUUGUAUGAGUAAUGCUGUAAUUUCUCAUCCAACUUUGACAUCAGCAACUCCAAUAUUAUAUGCACCAGUUUAUCAUCUUGUUGAUUCAUUUAAUAAUCAAAUAAUAAAUUCAACUCUUAAACAACGACAUAGUUAUAUUAAUUUAACAAAUAAAAAUGAAUUUAAAUUACAUAAUUCAUAUCAAGUUUAUCAACGUGAAAAUGAUAUUAUUUCUAUAUUGGAUGAUACAAAAUUAACAACACAAAAAUGUCAACAAGAAAUUCAUAAAUUUAAUUCAAUUUAUGAUCAUUGGAAUUGUCAAAGUGUUCAAGAAGCUAUGUCUAUUUAUGAUGAUACUGUACAUGGUGCAACUUUCAAUGAAUGGAUUCAACGAUUUACAAAUUUAUUGUAUAUUAUUCAACGAAAUAAGUAAUCAAAAAAAAAAAAAAAAUACAAACUAUUAACAUAAUUAAUU